AUGGCCUUGCCCCGGCCGUACAUGCCUCUUCGGAGGUCACUGUGCCAAAUUUCUCCUCGAAUCUGCCGCGACUCUACUCGUACACUGCGAGGUUCUUUGCGCAAAUACACAACGGAGCAGAAGCCCCGGGAUUCACAGCAAUUCACUGUGUGGAGACCAUAUCUUCGACUGGCAAUCGGUGUCCCCUUCAUAGGUGCCUUGAUAUACUCCAUGAUGACCGGCGACGUAACAGAACUCGACUCUCCUUCGAUCGUGGAGCUCGAUGAGGCCUUGAAGAAGCAGUCGACAAUCAGUGAGAAUUCGCCCAUGCGCUUGCGCAUGGAGAAGCUGAUCAAGGAACAGCAGCAGAAGAUCGUCGACGAACUCAGCAGGGUAGACGGGAAGAAGUUCCAGACUGAUACAUGGACGCGACCCAAUGGCGGCGGUGGUAUCUCUUGCGUUCUCCAGGAUGGAAAUGUCUUCGAGAAAGCCGGUGUCAAUGUGUCCAUUGUCUAUGGUGAAUUGCCACGGCCAGCCAUUGAGAAGAUGCGCGCCGAUCACAAAUCGUUCGUCGGAGCGGACGUCGAAUCCCUGAACUUCUUUGCUGCUGGUCUUUCGCUGGUCCUGCACCCCCACAAUCCCAUGGCCCCGACAGUGCAUCUGAACUAUAGAUACUUUGAGACGUCGGAUCCCAAGGAUCCCGUCAGCGGGGACAAGAAUUGGUGGUUCGGCGGCGGCACAGAUCUAACCCCAUCUUACCUCUUCCCCGAGGAUGUCAAGCACUUCCACCAAACCAUCAAGGACACCUGUGACAAACACGAUGCGACAUACUACCCCAAGUUCAAGGCGUGGUGCGACAAAUACUUUCAUCUGCCGCACCGGGGUGAAGCCCGCGGUGUCGGCGGCAUCUUCUUCGACGACCUCGACGCCAGCUUCCUUGAAUCCUCCUCCACCUCUUCGCAAAACCCUCAAGAAACCCUUUUCUCUUUCGUCUCCGACGCUCUUGCAUCUUUCCUACCGUCCUACGUUCCGAUUGUCGAGAAGCGUAAGGAUAUGCCCUUCACACCAGCCCAGAAGGAGUGGCAGCAACUCCGCCGUGGUCGCUAUGUGGAAUUCAACCUUGUCUAUGACCGCGGUACCAGCUUUGGUCUCCGCACCCCCAACGCUCGUGUCGAGAGCAUCCUCAUGAGUCUGCCCCGCACCGCCAGCUGGGCAUACAUGGAUCCGGUAUCCGGGACUCGCACCGAGGGCUCUCCGACUGAGGAGGAAGAGCUUGUGAUUAAGAGCAUGGCUCCUGAAAGGGAGUUGAUGGAUGUGCUUAAGAACCCGAGACAAUGGGUCUGA